ACAAAUAUGAGCAUUGAUGUUACUGUCAGUUCAUAAAUAGUUCAGGGACCGCUAUAAAGUCAGAGUCAUAUGUUAGGAUACUUGUGUCUUUUUAUGUCUCGUCAGUGACAGCUGAUUGUAAAUGUCAGGAUAUCCUCUGAUGCCUCUCAUAUGAUCCAAUAAUAAUCGGCCUCUGCUCCGGACACCUUCCGGGUUAUCCAACAGUUCGCCUGUGCUGCACACAGAGCCAGGACCAUUUGCAAAGGAGGGGUGUUCUCUGUCCUGUCGAGCUCCUCCUGGUGUGUGAGUGUCAGGUGUGUGUGCACCAUGGCGAGCCUCCUCCGUGUUGUGGCAGCUAGCUGCUCGGCCCCUGUGUUCAGCGGGAUUUCCUGCAUGAAGCUGCAGGGCAGCCCUUCAGUCAAAGCAUCGUGCAUUCGCUUCUUCAGGACCCAUCAAGCUCUGGGACGAUGUGCUAGUCCAGGUAUUCCAUACAAACAACUCACAGUCGGUGUCCCCAAAGAAAUUUUCCAGAAUGAACGUCGUGUGGCGAUUUCCCCCGCUGGCGUCCAGGCGCUCAUCAAGCAGGGCUUCAAUGUGGUCGUGGAGUCGGGAGCAGGGGAGCCUUCAAAGUUUGCUGAUGAACAUUACACUCAGGCUGGAGCAACAAUUAAAGACAUUAAAGAUGUCCUCGCAUCUGAUGUGCUGGUCAAGGUCCGUGCUCCGGUUUUCAACCCAGAACUUGGCGUCCAUGAGGUGGAGCUGAUGAAGGAAGCCGCCACUUUGAUCAGCUUCAUCUACCCAGCUCAGAACCCUGAACUGAUGGAAAUGCUGUCCCAGAAGAAGGCCACUGUCCUGGCUAUGGAUCAGGUGCCCCGAGUCACCAUCGCCCAGGGUUAUGACGCGCUGAGCUCCAUGGCAAACAUUGCUGGCUAUAAAGCCGUCGUGUUGGCAGCAAACAAUUUUGGUCGCUUUUUCACCGGACAGAUCACAGCUGCUGGGAAAGUGCCACCUGCAAAGGUUCUGAUCAUUGGAGGUGGUGUGGCUGGAUUGGCAGCAGCUGGUUCUGCCAGGGCCAUGGGAGCUAUCGUCAGAGGAUUUGAUACCAGAGCUGCAGCUUUGGAGCAGUUCAAAUCUCUGGGCGCUGAGCCGCUGGAGGUGACCUUGAAGGAGUCAGGAGAGGGCCAGGGAGGCUACGCCAAGGAAAUGUCAAAAGAGUUCAUAGAGGAAGAAAUGAAGCUGUUUGCCAAACAGUGUCAGGAGGUGGACAUUGUCAUCAGCACGGCUCUUAUCCCUGGUAGGAAGGCACCCAUCCUGAUCACCAAACCCAUGGUAGAGAGCAUGAAAGAUGGGUCUGUGGUGGUGGACUUGGCUGCUGAGGCUGGAGGAAACAUCGAGACAACAACACCUGGAGAGCUGACAGUUUACAAUGGGGUGACCCACAUCGGGUUCACUGACCUGCCCAGCCGAUUGCCAACACAGUCCAGCACCCUGUACUCCAACAACAUCACUAAGCUGAUGAGAGCCAUCAGCCCAGGCACUGAGAACUUUUUCCUCGAUGUCAAGGAGGCGUUUGACUACGGGACUAUGGAUCACGUGGUCAGAGGGUCGAUUGUCAUGCAGGAUGGAAAGAACCUGUUCCCCGCUCCUCAGCCUAACAAUGUACCGGUCGCUGCUCCUCCUAAACCCAAGAGCGUCCAGGAGCUGGCGAAGGAAAAGUCUGCACAAGUCUCCCCCUUCAAGGCUACUCUUACCACUGCUGGCAUCUACACAGGAGGUGCUGCCACCCUGCUGGGUCUGGGUCUGUCAGCUCCUAACGCCGCCUUCACUCAGAUCGUCACCACCUUCGGUCUGGCCGGCAUCGUGGGAUACCACACAGUGUGGGGCGUCACUCCUGCUCUGCACUCUCCUCUCAUGUCUGUCACCAACGCCAUCUCAGGUCUGACGGCUGUGGGUGGUCUGUCCCUGAUGGGUGGUGGCUACACACCCAACACCAGCGCUGAGACACUGGCUCUGCUGGCUGCCUUCAUCUCCUCGGUCAACAUUGCUGGUGGUUUCCUUGUGACUAAGAAGAUGUUGGACAUGUUCAAGCGUCCCACUGAUCCUCCAGAGCACAACUACCUCUAUCUUCUUCCUGGUGGGGUCUUCCUCGGAGGCUAUGCUGCUGCUCUGCAGACUGGAUACAACAUUGAACAGAUGAUGUACUUAGGCUCAGGUCUGUGCUGUGUCGGUGCUCUGGCUGGUCUUUCAAACCAGAAAACAGCCCGUCUGGGAAAUGCUUUAGGUAUGAUGGGAGUCACUGGGGGUAUCAUUGCCACCUUGGGGGCCCUGAAACCAAGUCCUGAGCUCCUGGCACAGAUGAGUGCAGCCAUGGCUGUCGGUGGCACUGCUGGCCUGGCCAUAGCUAAGAAGAUCCAGAUCACCGACCUCCCUCAGCUGGUGGCAGCCUUCCACAGCCUGGUGGGGAUGGCUGCCGUUCUCACCUGUGUGGCAGAAUACAUGAUCGAGUAUCCCCACUUCGCCACAGACCCCGCAGCUAACCUGACCAAGAUAGUCGCGUACCUCGGAACCUUCAUCGGUGGAAUCACUUUCAGUGGUUCUUUGGUCGCCUACGGCAAACUGCAAGGUGUUUUGAGCAGCGCUCCUCUCAUGAUUCCUGGUCGCCAUGCUCUGAAUGCCAGUCUCAUGGCAGGCAGCGUUGGUGGGAUGAUUCCCUACAUGCUGGAUCCCAGUUUCACCACAGGCAUCACCUGUUUGGGAUCCGUCUCUGCUCUGUCCGCUGUCAUGGGUGUUACUCUGACAGCAGCUAUCGGCGGCGCUGACAUGCCCGUGGUUAUCACCGUACUGAACAGUUACUCAGGCUGGGCUCUGUGCGCUGAGGGCUUCCUGCUCAAUAACAACCUGCUGACCAUCGUUGGAGCUCUCAUUGGAUCAUCUGGAGCCAUUCUGUCAUACAUUAUGUGUGUGGCUAUGAAUCGUUCCCUGGCUAAUGUGAUCCUGGGAGGCUAUGGCACGUCCUCCACCGGCACAGGAAAACCCAUGGAGAUCACAGGGACACACACAGAGGUCAACGUGGAUCAGACUGUCGACAUGAUUAAAGACGCCCAGAGCAUAAUCAUCACCCCAGGUUAUGGACUCUGUGCGGCAAAGGCUCAGUACCCCAUCGCUGAGUUGGUGAAGAUGCUUACAGAAGCCGGCAAAGACGUCAGGUUUGGAAUUCACCCUGUGGCUGGUCGUAUGCCUGGUCAGCUCAAUGUGCUGCUGGCUGAAGCUGGUGUCCCGUAUGAUAUUGUCCUGGAGAUGGAAGAGAUUAAUGAGGACUUUGCUGAAACCGACCUGACUCUGGUGAUUGGUGCGAAUGACACUGUAAACUCAGCCGCUCAGGAGGAUCCUAACUCCAUCAUUGCUGGUAUGCCCGUGCUGGAGGUCUGGAAGUCUAAGCAGGUGGUCGUGAUGAAGCGUUCUCUGGGUGUGGGAUACGCAGCAGUGGACAACCCCAUCUUCUACAAGCCCAACACUGCGAUGUUGCUCGGCGACGCCAAGAAGACUUGUGAUGCCCUGCAAGCUAAGGUCCGUGAGUCCAGUAACCAGUAAGGUGGUUAGAGGACUCUUAGACUUCUCCAAUAUGAGCACACAUGGAGGAGAAAACAACAAGUCAGAGUAUUCCCAAAAAAAUAUCACAGCAUGAGGAUCCUCUUUGCUCAGUUUGAUCAGAGAAGUGAGCAAAGAUGAUCACUGAGAUACAAAACAAACAGUCUUUGGCACGCCCUUCCUUUCAUCUAUGAAUAAAAGAUACUGUAAUGUUGUUGUAAAAGUAUGUGUGCAGUAGGAGCCGAACAAUGCAAUACUGUAGUUUGUAGUGCUGCCACUUCAUAAUGAACUUAAAUACGGUUUCCCUUUGACAAAUCUUUUAUUCCUAGAUAUUAAAGGAAGAGUAUGUGUUUAAAGGAGCUGUGCAUGUAGGUUAUAACCUGGAGAGCAGCUGACAUGAAUUUCCUCUUUACUUUAAACAUCUGUAUGAAUUGUAAAACAACCAGAGAUGUAGAUACAUCAAACUGUUAGAUAUGUUUAAUUCAAUGUUAAGACUUUUAGGAAAUAGUCAAUAGCUGGGAGAAGAUUUCAGAUGAAUUGGAAUGAAAAAGGAACAAAUGUAAAGGCGAGCCAACAGAGGGAUGUGAGACUUAUGCUCUAAUGUUUUCCCUCACUGUAAAGACUGUUUAACCUCUUCUGUUUCUUUAGUUUCUUAUGUUAGACAUUUGAUGUUCCCUUUGAUAGAUCUGUUUGCUCGAACCCUUCUCUCACGCUUUCUUUUUCUCUACAAGAAAAAAGAAAAAAAGCAGAAUAAUGCAACAUUUUUGUAAAGUUCUUUCUGUUCCAGUUUUAUACUGUAAUGAGAGAUUUUUGUAUUCGGUCUACUAGUUAAUUUAAAGCUUGGAAAUGUCUACACAGUCAUGUUUUUAAAUCUAGCCAUGGCGUUUUGCUUUUUUUCUUUUCACUUGUGUCUUGUGUCUGGUAACCUCUGCCUUUUGCCUUUUCUUCAGAAAUCACACAUGCAUCCAAAAACAGUUAGAAAUCCAUUCAAGCCUUGUCUAUCGAGCACCUAAUGCAAUAAAACCAAAGGAACCUGGUCUUUAAUAAGUAUGAGACCACAGCUGUCCUGUAAUUCCUGUAAAGAUUAAACAAACACUCUUAAAGCUCUGAUAGCUGAAUGGAUUUUAUGAUGUUUUUGAACCAGGUGUGCCCCAUCAUCCUGUGUGGUUCUGAUAUUACAGUACAUGUGAUGCUAGCCUUUGGACUUUGUGGUAAAGAAGGGUUUUAGUGAAUGUGGCUCAUCCACUCCAGUAUGUGUCCUCAUUAUUGCUCUAGAGGGAAAUGAAGGAUCACUGUUUGUAAAGUAGGGCCAGAUGUCAAUCUGGCUGGUAUGUAGAGAGUCAGAAGCAACAAUGCAGUUAAUUGGCUUGUUGCCACAUUUCAGAGUUCCUGCUUUGUUUGAAAAUAUUAAGUGUUCAUUUUUUUCACAUUUAUUUGUUAAAGCCCAACAUUUGCCAUAAACAGAAACUAUGUGCCAACGCUUCCCUGCCAAAAAAAAUCAACCUGGAAAGAUUAAACGGCACAAAUCUAAAUGAAUUGGUUGUUGUGUAACCGCUUGAGUAAUUCUUGAAAGAUCACUGACAUACAGACAGUAGCGCCCACUCUACACCUGACCGUACACAGCAGAGCCAACCGCACUUAAAACACCAGAGAAAAAGACCAUUGAGUGUAUCUCUUCUAGCUAAGGUUUAAAUGACAGCAGAUGAAUUGAUAGGUUUUCCUGGUACACAUUUUAGGAACAAUAACCCCUGAGGUGACUUGUCAGCAGUCUUUGCUUUUACAAUGUAAACAAGUACUGUAUGAGGUUGGUAAUUGCAAUUUAAUCCUGGGACCCAAUACAUCAACCAUGACAACUAUCCUACCUCUCCAUAAAAUGACCAAUACAUUUCCUUGGGACUUCAAUCAGACCAACACCUUUUGAUUUAGUAAUGGACCAGUUAUCUUUCCUUCAUUUUCCACGUACCUUAAAUCGACCAGUAAGCUCUCAGUUCUCCUUAACAUGAAAAAUUGCCUUCUGUUUUGUGUUAACAUUGUGUUUGUUUUAACCAUCAGACCUCAGUUUGCUGCUGGCUAGUUUACUGUAUGCUGUGCAAGUGUAGAGCUGAAGUUGUCAUGACUGCUCAUGAAGGGUUAUAGUUGGUACACUUUGACUUUCAACCGAGAUGCCUGCUGAAUAUUUGUAGUUUUUUGCCACUUUUUGUAUUGUAUAGGUAUUGAACAAAUGAAAGGAGAUGGAAAAUCUUAAUUCUAGUAUGGCCAAUAUGCCCCCAAAUGCCCAUAUUUUUUUGGCUUUUUUAGAAGGGUACUUUUGUAAAGAAGCUAUUUGUCCAGAGCAAAGAUGGGGAUUUGAAGUUGUACAAUGUUCAAGUGCACCAUGUUAGGAAGAUAAAAAGAUGAAAUGUACUGUGAAUGUUUCCCCCCCUCUUGUUUAUCAUGGAACAUUUUCAUCCCUAAUAAACCUGUAUUUACACUAGA